AGAGAUUUUGACAAGCCACCAUCUCUUCCGCAAGACCUUCCGGGCUUCACAGCCUCCACUCCUCGACGGCUGCUCAUUCCAUCGCCAGUUGGCAACUUUCCGGCAAGAGAAUCAAAAUUCCAUCGCCGGCGGUCGUCUCUGCUUCAACUUCUUAGUUCCUCCUGACCUGAUCAAUUGUUUCGAAGCUUAUGGAGAUGAAGUUAGGAGCUUGCCUUAAAUCUAACUUCAACCAAACAUCGCUUUUUCUCUGCCAACCCAUUAAUUGCCAGAAUACUGGCUACCGCCGUUCGUGUUUAUCUAGUACGAGUACUGCCCAUACGUCUGUGCGCUGCAGGGCAACUGCUGAAAUGCAUAUCAAGAACAGCUCAUUUGGAACAGUCGAAAAGGUCAAAACGUCUGCUGAUAAUUCUUUUGAUCUGGCACUAUCAAGUUUAACAGCUCUAUGCCCGUUGGAUGGCCGGUAUAGGGACAAAGUUAAGGACCUGGCUCCGUUCAUGAGCGAGUAUGGCCUCAUUCGCUUUCGAGUUUUGGUUGAGGUUAAGUGGUUGUUAAAGCUUUCAGAAGUUCCAGAAAUCCCUGAAGUUCCUAAUUUCUCUCCCAGAGCAAAGUCAUUUCUGCAUGGCUUGAUUGAUGGGUUUAGCUUGGACGAUGCCAUGGAAGUGAAGGAAAUUGAAAAAGUGACUAACCAUGAUGUUAAAGCAGUGGAGUACUUCCUGAAACAAAGAUGCCAAUCACAUGAAGAAAUUUCGAAGGUGCUUGAGUUUUUCCAUUUUGCAUGCACUUCCGAGGACAUCAACAAUCUAGCACAUGCAUUAAUGCUAAAAGAAGCUAUAAACAGUGUUAUAUUGCCUGUCAUGGAUGAGCUGAUUACAGCAAUCACUAACAUAGCCACACAGACUGCUCAUGUCCCAAUGCUUUCUCGUACCCAUGGGCAGCUUCACCAACAACGCUAGGCAAGGAGAUGGCUAUUUUUUCAUAUCGGUUAUUUACAGAGAGGCAGGAGAUUUCAAAAAUUGAGAUGAGAGGGAAAUUUGCUGGUGCAGUUGGAAACUAUAAUGCACAUCUAGUUGCAUAUCCUGAUGUAAACUGGCCACAAGUGGCAGAAGACUUCGUAGCAUCUCUUGGCUUAAGCUUCAAUCCGUAUGUCACUCAGGUAUGUUUUAUGAAAAAUAUCCCCUUUGGAAAUUUUGGCAUCAAGGAUUAUGAUGGAAGGGAAGUAAAUCUCUUUGAGGCUC